CAGGGAGUGGUGGCGGUUGAUUCAACAUGGCGGCAGGAGCAACUAAAAGUGGAAGUUCGGGGAUAUUUUGGAUGAAAAGUGUGUCAGAUGAGGAGCAGCCCUUGGUGUUUGUUCCUGGAGUGGAUGGAGAGGUGAAAACUCAGACCCCUUUCAGCUUGGGACCAGGCAACACCAGUACAUUCAGUAAAAGAGGCACCAAAAUGUGGGGAGGAGCCAGGCGUAGAUCUGACUGCAAGAAUGAAGCUACACUAAAGAAAGGUGGCAAGAAACAGGCUCACUUACAAAAUGAUCACUCUGAGGCUUAUACCAAGGAAAAAGUGUCACUCCCUCACAGUGCUGCUGUGGCAAUAGAGCACACACCUUCCUUUGCCUCUGACACGUUUCUCCCUUCAUCACAGGUGUUUUCUGAGACCAGUGGAGCCAGGAGCCAGGUCUGUUUGAAGGACCUCUGUCCUGAAGAUAAGCGCCGAAUUGCAAACCUCAUCGAAGAACUAGCCAGAGUGAGCGAGGAGAAAGAAGAGUCAGUGCAGCGUCUGAAAGAUGAACAGGAAAAUUUUGAACGCAAGAUCCAUCAGCUGGAGCAGCAGAACGUGAUCAUAGCACAGGAGAGAGAGAGCAUGCAGCAGCAGUACAGAGAGUGCCAGGAGCUGCUUGGGCUCUACCAACAAUACCUUUCCCAGCAACAGGCGAAACUAAAUGAGUCCAUUGCCCAGCUCAGUCAGGCGCCAGCCCACAGCAAGGUGCUCAGUAGUGAGGAAGCCCGCAGCAGAACAUCUACUAGCAGAGGUAAUGGAUCCCUCUAUGAUGGUUCAUACCUCAGCUAUGCUGCUACCCAAGCAAAUCAACCUCAAGUUCGCAGAAGUGGGGAUGGAGGAAGAGGAGCAGUACAAACUUUGGGCAACCCUACUUCUCUUUCCUGUGUUAGUGAGUUCAGUCCAUCCGAUGGGCCAAUCAAUCAGCAUAGGAUUUACAAAAGGGAGUGCAGGGAGCCACACCCAGAGCCCUGCCACAGAUAUGAGCACUGUCAAGGCAGUGGUCAAGACAGUGGCUAUGGAACACAGCAACGGAGAAGGGAUAAUAGCUCUCAUCUAGAGAAUGGCCACCAUGACACCUUGAACCAACACGAGUGUGAGAGAUUCCAGUGUGGGGCUGCUAUGGGCUCAGAGGCCAAGGAAGCCCUGACUAGGCCUCUACUGGGUCAUGAAGACUGGGAGGAGAAGAGACAUCAGCUGCUGCUGCAGAAGAUGCAGUUGGAGAUGGAGAGAGAGAGGCUGCAGGCACGGCUUGAUGAGCAGGAGGAGAGGCUCAACAGACAGAAACAACAGCUCUGUCAGUCGCGUCUCGAUCACAGCAGGUUUCAACAAGCUACUCAGGCUGAGGUUGGCAGCUCAAACAUUAGGAAUGGAGAUCCACAGCUGGAUGGUCCCUCCCACCAAGAUUUACCCUCCAGUGUGCGUGGAGAUGCAGAGGUGCAUCCUACGGAACAGAACUUGCCUGACCAAUGCUCACAACCUGUAGGUGCUCCUCUAGAUAAUGGUGUGCAGACACAUGAGGCCUUAGAGCGGUCCAGAAGGGACAUGGCCACGUCUCCUGCAAAAUCCCCUGUGAGCCUGAGUAAGCCCACCUCAGUAUCCCUGAUACCUGAGACCCCCGAGGCCAGACAAUGAAGGACCAACAGUGGUUGUACUGUUUGUUAUAUUGGACAUGCACUGAAGCUCUCUACACGGCUGAAAAAUGAUAUGGAUCUGGCUGUAGUUUUGACAUCAUAAUAGCGCAUUGGCUGCUUGCAGUAGAGUGUGUUAAGUUUUUUUUUUUUUUCUUUGUUUUCUGAGAGCACAGUGCUUGAUGGCAGAUUCUGCAGGUGACAAGGCACACCUUGACAUGGUGACAGCCCAUACGCUACAUGCACUUUACUGAAUGCAAAAGAGAGCAAGGGUUGUGAGACGUAAUCAUUUUGGUUCAAGUUUCAAAGAGAAGUUUGUGUGUGUGAGCAUGUUUGUGUUGUGUUUGUGUGUUUGUGUCUGUGUAAGCUCAAAAGAUAUGUUUGGAAUAGAGUCGAAGAUAAUUGUCCUUUUCCUCUAAAAUCAUUUAGCCUGAUUCUCUUAAAGCCUGCUACUUAGAUGUGGCUUUUUGCAUUUUCAGAUAAUAUUUACACCAUAUGUGUACUCUCACACAUGUAUCUUUUAGCAAUAUAUUGUGUGUCAGCAUAUAGGUAAUCAGAGAUAGGAAUGCCUGCAGUUUUGGGAGCUGCCAGAUUUGCGAUU